AUGUCGUAUCUGAAGGAUAUCAGUGAUAUACCGCUUAAGCCAUCACAAGAAACUUUUGUUGAUGAACCAUCAUCUCUAGAAGAUGUUCAUUUAGAGGAGCUUAUAUUUGAUUUAGAACAUGGCAUUAAAGAUAUCAAUAAGCUACAUGUAUACCAUGCUAUAGCUAUAGUUAAUUUUACAUUAGAAAGUAUCAUAAAAUUAUACAAUAAUCAAGAAUUGUUGGAAGGAUUCCGAAAAGAUCAACUAAAUAAGUAUAAUCUUCGAACACCAAGUCAAGAUAACGAUAGUCCAGUUAGUAAUAUAGUUCCGACUCCAUCCCAAACGACGAAUACUUCACCAAUAUUACCACCUUUAAAAUGUGCAAAAAUUAGUCUUGAUUUAGACCAAGAAAUAAUAAAAGAAACUACGCCUGAUUCAUUAUCAAAUAAUAAUGAACAAGAUGAAACAGACCGUGAUUCCGAAGCAGACGAUAAUCAGGCUACUAUAAUACCAAUUGAAGACUUGGUGGCUGAUUUAUCAUUGGAGACGGUGAAAAACCCAAUCACUGGACUCGAUGCAAACAGACUUCAAAAUGAAUUAAAUUAUUUUGAAAAACCUCAGAUCAAUGAACAAACUAUUCAUCUAAUAAAAACUUUCAAUCUAGUUAAAAUACCGAAUAUCUCAAUAGAAGACUUUUUAAUUAGAAUCAAAACAUAUUCUUCUUCGAUAUCUGUUCUGUCUUAUAUUCAUGCAGCUUUUAUGAUUUAUAAACUUUCAAUCAUUUUAGCUGUGGUACCAUUAUCGUCCUUUAAUGUUUAUAGGCUACUUUUAGCCCUGAUUCGUUGCCUGGCUAAAACAUUAGAAGACGUUUACCAAAAACAAAAAUCUUUUGCUACAGUCGGUGGGGUUUCUCCAAAAGAACUAUUCAAAAUAGAAGUUGGUUUUCUUUAUCUUUGUAAUUUUAGAGUUGUCGUUGGUGAAUCCAUAUUGAAUAAUUUUUUGAAAAAGGAUCUUUUAGAUUUAUAUAAGUUUUGUAAAAAAUCUUUUUAA